AUGUCAAGUAGUCCAAGUACCCUGGCGAAGUCACCAGGGAAGCCUCUGCCACCGCCACUCGAAUCAUCUACCAACAAGAAGAGAAAGCUGAGUGAUCAUGACACGACACAAUGGCAAGGCACCAUCCUGCUUCUGGUCGGUCCUGAAGAACAUGAAUUCACAAUUCAUGCACACAUCCUCAGGAGAUCGCCCUUCUUUCGAGCUUGCCUAGAUGCAGAGAUGAGGGAAAAAGCGGAGCGAACUGUUCGACUCCCGGAGGAUGCGCCACAGGUUUUCAAUCAGUUGGUGACUUGGCUCUAUUCGAAUAAGCUGGAUUGCGAUUUCGCGACACUUGCCAAAGAAGCAUCGUCACACCUCAACAGCGACGACCCAGAGCGCAUAUAUCUUCGGGAAAUGGGUCAUUUGAUGGUGAAGUUGUGGUUCCUGGCGAAGAAAGUCAUGCUAGAGGCGCUACAGAACGAGGUGAUCGACAUGAUCCGGGUGGGCUGGAUUCACUACAUGCCUGGGGCUGAUGUGAUGCAAACGAUUGUGGAGCAGUCUGAGGAGACCGAUGCGCUUCGCGGACUUGCUCUAAAACGCCUAUCUUGUAAUGCUUCAGGCUUCAAGAAUUUCGGACACUACGAAACAACCGAUAAGACGAAGUACCUGGACGCUGCUCAGAAUUCGCUUGUACUCUCGCAGUUCUUGAUCGAGGCUAUGAUGAACUACCGGAACCCUGCCUCCCAGGUGAUGUUCGGCGAGCACCCAAGUAACUUCAAGCCUCUCGAAGAGACUGUAUUGCGAAGCAUCUCCAAGCUGGCUAACAUGUCAGUCAAUGAGAAAACUCCUGACAAGGCGCUCAAUGGCUCAUCCCCAUCGAAUCCGACCAUCAGCAAGAGAAAUCAGACUAAGGGCAAGCCGACACCGUGGAUGGACGUAAUCUUGAUCGUCGUUGGACAUGAACAGCAUCAAUUCGGGGCCCACGAGCACAUCCUCCGCAAGUCACCGUUCUUUCGCGGCUGUUUAGACGCGCACAUGAAGGAGGCCAUCGAGAGAACCAUUCGGCUGCCUGAGGACGACCCGGAGGCCUUCGAUCAGGUUCUGUUUUGGCUAUACUCGGGCAGCCUGGAGCACGACUUCAAGGUGAUAGCCGAAAUAGCGUCCAAGGAAGGUCCGCUCAUAACGCCCGUGUCGCCUGAUGCUGGCCUUCGACGUAAGAUAGGCUUUAUGUUGGUCCGACUGUGGUUCCUGGCAAAGAAGUUAAUGGUUGAGAAGCUACAGAACAUGGUCAUUGACAUGCUACGAGCUGGCUGGGGAUUCUACAUACCCAUGUAUCGCGUUUUCGAAGUGAUAAUGGGAGAAGCUGAGCGUUCCGACCCGCUUCGCAGACUGGCUCUACAACGUCUUUCGUCCGCAGUCAGUCAAUUCGGGGAGUUCGAUAAUUUCAAGGAGAGAUGCGAGUACCUCAAAGUCUCGAAGGACUCGACGGUCGCUCUUGAGUUCCUGGCGGAGGCUCUAGCGAACUUUCCGAAAGCAACCAAUCCGGCGAAAGAUCUCAAUCCAUGCAAGUGGCAUGUUCAUGUUGACACUCCGAAGUGUACACAGAAGUGA